UGUAGAAUACGCAAGCGCAUUUCACAUCAUUGAGUUUCUUUCAUGGAUAUUUCAACGGAAUGUUUGAAAGCCUCUGACAGUUACCAUGAUGUUCGCCGAGGUGAAAAAACUCUGGUUUCCGUUCGAAUUUCACUGAGCUUUGCGCGUGCGCCAUGACCUAUGGGCAGGGUGUGCAGAAACGCUUCUGCGCCUGCGCCCAGGAUUCUUGGUUGGCACUGAGAGAGUCGCUGGAAUCCGAGGGAAGCAUGUCUGCCCCAUUUGAGGAAAGAAGUGGGGUGGUGCCUUGUGGGACGCCCUGGGGCCAGUGGUACCAAACCCUAGAGGAAGUAUUCAUCGAAGUCCAGGUACCACCGGGCACUCGUGCUCAGGAAAUCCAGUGCGGCCUGCAGAGUCGCCAUGUGGAGCUAGCUGUGCGGGGCCAGGAGAUUCUUAAGGGCAAACUCUUUGAUUCUACAAUAGCUGAUGAGGGAACAUGGACAUUAGAGGACAGAAAAAUGGUUCGAAUAGUUCUUACCAAGACAAAGAGAGAUGCAGCAAAUUGUUGGACCUCUCUCUUAGAAACUGAAUAUGCAGCUGAUCCUUGGGUACAGGACCAAAUGCAAAGGAAACUUACCUUAGAGAGAUUUCAAAAAGAAAACCCUGGUUUUGACUUCAGUGGAGCAGAAAUCUCCGGAAAUUACAGUAAAGGUGGACCAGAUUUCUCUAGUCUUGAAAAAUAAGAACUGCCAUUUUUAACUAUUUUCCAUGGAGCCUAGAAGAUGUUGCCAAUGUAAAAAGGAUUGGAUUAUGUGAUGGAAGAAAACUUCACUUGCCUUUACAACUGAAUGAGAAUUGUUAAAAAAAAAAAAAAAAAAAACCAAAACAUUUAAAUAGGACUUCAAAGAAUGCAUUCAAACCGUAGUUUACAUAGAAACAUUCUGAAUCUCAAUGGAAACUUUUCUGGAGAAAUGGUCUUUUUUUGGACUUAUUUUGCUCCGCAGGACAUUUUAAAAACAGGUCUUGAACUCUUAAUUUCUUAAGCAGUGGGCCAUAAUCAUGUGAAACUCAAGUGUGCCUUCAGGGGAAAUUUUAAGUUUUUGUUUUUGUUUUUUUUUUGAAAACUGUAAUUCAGAAUAACUGUCAAUAAAGCUUUCUAAUUCCA